AUGUCCGACACUGACGUUAACACAGAAUUCAUCGCAAAAGUGGAACGAUCAAAGCUCUUCCCCUGCCCACUGGAGGUGGAUGAGCUUGAGGUUGAUUCCAAAUGUACACAGGGAAAACAAAAAAAUCCACCUAGAUGGAUGAACAGCUACAUCGUUUUUCGAAGAGCCCUUGGUCUCUUGUUAAAGGGUGCCAAAAUGGAUGGUAAACAAUUGACACUUUUGGCAAGAAAAAUGUGGAAUGAAUCGAGUGAAUGUGAGAAGGAAGAAUACAAGAAUAUUUCUCUAGAAUUAAGGGAACGUCAUAGAAAACGUUACCCCGAAUUUGACGAAGAUGUUUGCUUGAAACCUUAUUGUGAGCUCAAUUUCGAUGGCUUCGAUGACAACGGAUUAAAUGAAGAUUACUCUCAGCCCUCAAUCGGACCGAGCAAUUAUCCUUUUUAUCAGGGUGAGUUGAUUGUGGUCCCUCAGUAUCAACUUCAAAAUAACGAGCUCUAUAGCUUUCCUUAUGUCGAAUUCUACUUCGGAACGCAAUGUUCUUUGACGCAACUUCACGAAGACUUUGUGAGGGAAAAUACAAUUUGCAGAUGA